AUGUCGCGAAAGCAGGUCGACCAUGACUACAACCUCCGUAGUAUGAGCAACCUGAUGGGCGAGCGCUGGAAGAAAGUGAACGAUGGAGGCGAGCGGAGUCUCAUCAAAGCUCCAUCCAGCGCCAGCAUCAGCAGCCAGGGCGCAUCGGCUGGCAACACCGGGGACCUGGAGAGGGCUGCCCGCAAGCAGUUCCAGCAGGAUGUCACGCCCGGUUUCGUCUACGUCCUGGCCGUGUUCUCCGCCCUGGGGGGCUUCCUGUUCGGCUACGACACCGGGGUGAUCUCCGGGGCGAUGCUCCUGCUGAAGAGGGAGCUGGACCUGAGCGCACUGUGGCAGGAGCUGCUCAUAUCAAGUACUGUGGCCGCGGCCGCCCUGUCCGCGCUGCUGGGCGGCUUCCUCAACGGGCUGUUCGGGCGCAGGGUGUGCAUCCUGCUCGCCAGCUUCUUCUUCACCGUCGGCGGCAUCGUGCUGAGCGCCGCGCCCGGCAAGGAGGUGCUGCUGGCGGGGAGGAUCAUCGUGGGAGUGGGGCUCGGCAUUGCCUCCAUGACGGUGCCCGUGUACAUCGCCGAGGCCUCGCCGCCGCACCUCCGAGGUCAGCUGGUGACCGUCAACACCCUGUUCAUCACCGGGGGGCAGUUCACCGCCAGCCUCAUCGACGGCGCCUUCAGCUACCUGCAGCGCGACGGCUGGAGGUACAUGUUGGGUCUGUCGGUGCUCCCCGCCGUGCUCCAGUUCAUGGGGUUCCUCUUCCUGCCGGAGAGCCCUCGCUGGUUGAUCCAGCGUGGUUUGACCCAGAAGGCCCGCCGAGUGCUCAGCCAGAUCAGAGGCAACCAGAACAUAGACGAGGAGUACGACGGCAUCAAGAACAGCAUCGAGGAGGAGGAGAAGGACAGCGGAGGAGAUGGCCCGGUGAUCUGGCGGAUGCUGACCUACCCCCCGACUCGCCGAGCCCUCCUGGUGGGCUGCGGUCUUCAGAUGUUCCAGCAGCUUUCAGGAAUCAACACAGUCAUGUACUACAGCGCCACCAUCCUGCAGAUGUCGGGAGUUCGGGACGACAGGCUGGCAAUCUGGUUGGCCGGACUCACCACCCUCACCAACUUCCUGUUCACGCUGCUGGGAGUCUGGCUGGUGGAGAGAGUUGGACGCAGGAGGCUCACCUUGGGCAGCAUCAUCGGUACAUGUUUGAGUUUGAGUCUGCUGGCCGUCGGUUUCCUGAUGGCGGCCCAACACACUCCUCCGGUCACCUUCCACCCAUUAGACCCAGCCAUGGCCAACUCCACCUGCUCCAAGUACCAGCUGUGCGAGCCGUGCAUGCUGGACCCUGGAUGCGGUUUCUGCUACAGCGAGAACAGCUCGGCGCUGCUCACCUCCUCCUGCGUUCCCGUCAAUAAGGCCUCCACCGAGCAAGCAGCGUGGGGCAGAUGCUCCAACUCCUCCCUGAUGAGAGAUCACACCUACUGGGCCUACAACUACUGUCCCACCUCCUACUCCUGGCUGGUUCUACUGGGCCUCAUGUUCUACCUGGCUGCCUUUGCUCCAGGUAUGGGUCCGAUGCCGUGGACCAUCAACUCCGAGAUCUACCCUCUGUGGGCCAGGAGCACGGGAAACGCCUGCGCCGCCGGAGUCAACUGGACCUUCAACAUCCUGGUGUCGCUCACCUUCCUGCACCUGGCUCAGUACUUCACCUACUACGGAGCUUUCUUCCUCUACUCCAGCCUUGCCUUGCUGGGUUUCGUCUUCAUCUAUGGCUGCCUGCCAGAGACUAAAGCCCGGCGUCUGGAGGAGAUCGAGGCGCUGUUUGAAAACCAGCUCUGUUCGUGCGGCGCCUCGGAUUCGGACGAAGGACGGCAGGUCGAGUACAUUCGAGUCAAAGGUUCAAACUACCAUCUAUCGGACAACGACGCGUCAGACGUGGACUAG